CUGCAAUAUUCCACCAACUUAUGAGUUGUUGCUAUUAACAAAAUGGUAACAGAAAGGAAAGGAACAUUUAAGGUAGAAUAUCUUCAGAAAAUUGAGAAAGAUGUACAAGCAAAGUGGGAAGAUGAGAAAGUAUAUGAAGAGGAUGCACCUGUGGGAGUUAGGAAAUCUCCAGAUGAAAAAUUUUUUGCAACUUUUCCUUUUCCUUACAUGAAUGGAAGACUUCAUCUUGGACAUAUAUUUUCGUUAUCAAAGUGUGAGUUUGCCGUUCGUUAUAAUCGGCUUUUAGGAAAGAAAGUACUCUUUCCAUUUGGUUUUCAUUGUACUGGUAUGCCCAUCAAAGCAUGUGCAGACAAAUUAAAGAGGGAAAUAGAAUUAUAUGGAUAUCCACCACAGUUUCCUGAUGAAGAAGAGAUGAAAGAAGAAGUCAUAGAUGACAUAGUAAUGAAAGAUAAGAGCAAGGGCACAAAGAGUAAAGCAGUUGCAAAAACAGCUACUGCAAAGUAUCAGUGGCAAAUUAUGCAAACACUGGGUCUGAAACAUGAGGACAUAGCAAAUUUUGCUGAUGCCGCAUAUUGGUUAGACUAUUUUCCACCUCUUGCUGUGCAAGACUUGAAGUCGAUUGGAUUACAUGUGGAUUGGCGUAGAACAUUUAUUACAACAGAUGCAAAUCCAUUUUUCGAUUCAUUUGUUCGCUGGCAAUUUCAGCAUUUGAAAGCUAGAAACAAGGUGAAAUAUGGGAAAAGGUAUACCAUCUAUUCACCAAAGGAUGGCCAGCCUUGUAUGGAUCAUGAUAGAUCUUCAGGAGAAGGAGUGGGUCCUCAAGAGUACACAUUGAUUAAAAUGAAACUGCGAGAACCUUAUCCUACAAGCCUGAAGGCUCUUUGUGGGAAACCAGUUUAUUUAGUUGCUGCAACUCUGAGACCAGAAACAAUGUACGGUCAAACAAACUGCUGGAUUCAUCCAGACAUAAAUUAUAUUGCCUAUACCUUAUCGAAUGGAGAUAUCUAUAUAUCAACAGAAAGAGCAGCAAGAAACAUGGCUUAUCAAGAUUUCUUCAAAGACGAAGGGAAGAUAUCGAUUGCAUUAAAACUUACUGGACAAGAUAUAUUAGGAUUGCCCAUUGAAGCACCUCUUACAACAAACAAAGUAAUUUAUACUUUACCAAUGUUGACUAUUAAGGAAGACAAAGGAACUGGGGUUGUUACGUCCGUACCAAGCGAUUCUCCCGAUGACUACGCAGCUUUAGUAGAUCUAAAGAAAAAACAGCCUUUCAGAGAAAAAUAUGGGAUAACUGAUGAAAUGGUGUUACCUUAUGAUCCUAUACCUAUCAUUGAAAUACCAGAAUUUGGUAAUUUAUCUGCAGUAACUGUAUAUGAUAAAUUGAAAAUACAAUCGCAAAAUGAUAAAGAUAAAUUAUUGGAAGCAAAGGAGAUGGUGUAUCUUAAAGGUUUCUAUGAUGGUGUGCUACUGGUUGGUAAAUACAAAGGAAAGAAAAUUCAGGAUGUCAAAAAAGAAAUACAAAAAGAGUUAAUAAAUGAGAGGAAAGCCGUGAUAUAUUACGAACCUGAGAAAAAUGUUAUGUCCAGAUCAAAUGAUGAAUGCAUCGUAGCUCUAUGUAAUCAAUGGUAUUUGGAUUAUGGCGAAAAAUGUUGGAAAAUGGAUGCUAUAGAAGGAUUAAAUAAUCUGAGUACUUUCCACGAUGAAGUAAGGAAGAACUUUAUUGCGUGCCUGGAUUGGUUACAUGAACAUGCAUGCUCAAGAACUUAUGGGCUUGGUACGAAAUUGCCAUGGGAUGAAAGCUGGUUAAUCGAAUCCCUCUCAGAUUCAACCAUCUACAUGGCCUAUUACACUGUAGCACAUUUAUUGCAAGGAGGAACAUUCAAAGGCAACAAACCAAAUGCAUAUAGCAUCAAAGCCGAAGAUAUGACGCCAGCAGUAUGGGACUACAUCUUCUUUAAGGAUGCUAACUUUCCAAAAACAAACAUAAAGAAAGAAGCAUUACAGCACAUGCGACGUGAAUUUCAAUAUUGGUAUCCAGUAGAUUUAAGAGUUUCUGGGAAAGAUCUGAUUCAGAAUCAUCUUACUUUCUUUAUCUACAAUCAUACUGCAAUGUGGCCAAAGCAACCAGAGUUAUGGCCGAAAGGAAUACGAGCCAAUGGACAUCUAAUGUUGAAUUCAGCUAAGAUGUCGAAAUCAGAAGGCAAUUUUUUAACGCUUGCUGAAGCAGUAGAAAAGUUUUCUGCGGAUGGUAUGCGACUUUGCCUAGCCGAUUCUGGUGAUUCAGUGGAGGAUGCCAACUUUGUUGAAAGUAUGGCAGAUGCUGGAAUUCUUAGGCUGUAUAAUUUCAUUGAAUGGGUGAAAGAAGUGUUGGCUUCUAAGAGUACCUUUAGACAAGGCAAACCGCAUACAUUCAAUGACAAGGUUUUCGAAAGUGAAAUCAAUUUAAAAAUACACGAUACUGGAGAUAAUUAUUCGAAAAUGCUGUACAAAGAAGCAUUAAAAACAGGCUUCUUUGAAUUCCAAGCAGCAAGAGACAAGUAUUUACAGUUGAGUGCACUGGACGGUACAAAUUGGGCAUUGAUUAUGAAAUUUAUAGAAAUUCAGAUUAUUCUUCUAUCUCCUAUUUGCCCACAUGUAUCAGAGCAUGUAUGGAAACUCAUUGGUAAAAAUGGUAGCAUAUUAAAUGCUAAGUGGCCACAGACAGGAGAAAUCGACGAGAUUCUUAUAAAAUCGUCUCAAUAUUUAAUGGAUGCUGCGCAUUCGUUUAGACUUCUUUUAAAAGGUUACAUGACCCCGAAGAAGGGACCGAAGGGAAAAAGUGAUGUAACAGUUAUAGAAAAACCUACGGAAGGUAUAGUCUGGGUAGCUAAAACCUAUCCUGCUUGGCAGAACACUGUUCUAACCACAAUGAAGAACUUGUAUCUUAAAAAUGAUAAUAAACUACCAGAAAAUAAAAUUAUUGCAGUAGAAUUAGGAAAACUACAGGAGUUAAAGAGGUAUAUGAAACGAGUAAUGCCGUUUGUACAAGUUAUGAGGGAAAAAAUGGAACUAUUUGGAUUGAAUGCACUUAACUUGACUUUAGAUUUUGAUGAAUUCAAAGUUCUUCAAGAUAACAAGACAUAUCUUGAAAACACUUUGGAUUUGGAAAAUAUUCUGAUAAAGUAUACCGAUAAUGCUCCGGAAAAAACCAAGGAAGAAUGUUGUCCAGGCUCGCCUUACAUAAAUUUUUUUAGUAAACCUGGUCUUUCAGUACGUGCUAUUAAUCCACAAAAAUGUACUGGUUUAUUUAGUAUGUUUGUAAAGAUCACGAAUGGAGAUACUGCUGCUGAUGUCAUCUCCCGAAUAUCGAAAGAAAGCAAACUUAUAAAAAACCCAUCAUCUAUUUCUCUAUAUCAUUACAGUGAUCCCCUUAUGGGAUCUAGAACUAAACCAGCCGCUGAUGAUAUUUUAAAAGGUAAAACUCAAAUCCCUCCUCAAUCUGUCUUUAAUGUAGACAUAGAAAACAAAAUCAUUAAAGUAAACAUUAAAGGAACUGUACAUGACAUUGGUAAUGAAUUAGUGUACACAGUGCAAUUUGAAGAAAAUUAA